AUGCCUCCAGAUGGCACUUCAUUUACGGCCCUAAACCUUCCACCAACAUUCUCCUUGCCUCAAUGUAUGGAAUACUUCACUAUGGCAGCGGGCCCAAAUACCGAUCUAUGGCGCAAACCACCUAACGGCGAUAUAUCAACCGCCCCAAUUGUCUUCACCUCACUCCGCCAUCCAUUCGUCGUGGCCGAAGUGACCGUAAGUGCAGACUGGGAAAUGGAAUGGGAUCAGGGAGGCCUAGUGAUAUUCGCCGGCGCUGCACCGCAAUCUUUCUCCUCGGAUGCCGCACCGGUCCUCGCGACUGCGGACACUCGUCGCGGCAUAGGCACCACCCAAUCACCUUGCAAAUGGGUCAAAGCCGGCAUGGAAUUCUCGUCCGGGACUGUGAAUGCUUCGUCUGUCAGCGCAACAGCAGACGGUGCAGAUUGGUGUCUUUCACCACUACUUCAUUCUCCACAGGGACCUCCACCUAGUUCGCUGCGCAUCAAGUUAGAGCGCGUUGGGCAUGCGCUGUGGAUCUGGUAUCAGGUGCCUUCAAUUUCGCCAUAUGCUUUGUCGCCUGGUGCGGUGGGGAGUACGUGGAAGAAGUUGCGGGAAGUGACAUGGUUCUUUUAUGGGGUUGAGGAUAAGUUCGUGCAUGUUGGGGUUUAUGCUAGCCGGCCAACCAGUAUUGGGCGUGGGCAGACUAUGUGGGAUGCUAUGCAUGGAAUGACGCUGGAUAACUCCUCGUCGUCUGGAGCAGCUGAUGGGUUAGUUGUGGAGUUUGAAGAUCUGGAAAUCUUCUAG